CGCUUCUAAAAUCCCAUCAUGUUGAAGAUCAGCAUUUGCGAGUGGGUUUGAUUGAUUAAAACUUUUAUGUAACAAUUACUUUCCUUUUGUGCAAUUAGGAUCCAUCAAAACCCCCAAAUCCCAGUCACAAUUCACAAGGUAGGAGAUGGAUACGUACCACCAGCCUCACCGCUUCAUGAGACCACCGCCACCCUCCAUGGCCGACCACCAUCACCACCACCAACAGCAACAAGCCCCUCCCAGACAGCCAGCUCCAUGGUUUCCCGGCCAGUUCCAGUACCAUCCUUCCCAGUCUUCGUCUCCCUCGCCCUUGCCUCCUCACCAGCAGCAGCUGCAGCAACAGCAACAGCAGUGGGCUCCGCCACCACCACCACCUCCUCCUCCUCAAUCCGAUCAUCUCCCUCCCCAUUCUUAUCCUCCUCCACCUCUCCCUCCUUACCCUCCGCACCCUGUCCGCAACCAGUUCCCUCCCCCUCCUCGCCCCCACUUCCCUCCUCCUCACCCCCAUCCUCUCCCUCACCCUUCCCAUCCUCAUUCUCAGGUUCCCCAAUCUUAUCCUCAGCACAAUCAGGAAUGGGGCAAUCCAAGUUGGGCUCAUCACCAAGGUUGGGAUUACUCUGCAGCCCAUAGCAAUGAGGAAGAUUGGGCUGCCAGGGCAAGAGCAUGGGCAGCAGCCAAAGCUGCAAUGGAGAAUCAGCAUCUCCAAUCACAGUUUACACCAGUUGGUAGACAAGAAGAACAGAAUCAUUAUCAUGAUCAGUAUCCACAAGCGAUUGAUCCUCAUUAUCCAGACAUUCAACACCAAUCAUUUUCCUCAUCAAGUUAUCAACAAUUUCCAGUUCCAGGUGCACCUCUUCACAGGCCACCAGUAGUUCAUGUGCAGGAGUCUGCAUCUAUCAGCUCCGGACCAUCUUCAUAUGUUCCAGAUGGUCGUCCACCUUUUGCUGUCGGAGAUGGAACUGCAAUUGGAGAUUCAAGUGCUGUAUUUCCUCAUCAAGAAAAUUUAUCUGCAAGUCCAUCUAUUCAUCAGCAGGAGGUACCUUAUAGUUAUUCUUCUGUUACAGGGAAAGAAGAGGUUGUAGGUAAAAAUGAGCAGCUGCAGAAGGUAUUACCUGUGCCUAUAUCCUCAGCUCAAGAUGGACAACUUCAUGUUCAAUCAUCACUGCCUGCUGUUGGUAGAUCGGUUUUGUCAGAACAGCCCUUUGCAUACAGCAAUCAGACAGCGGAUCCCAUAGUCGAUCUUAGUGAUCAACCUUUAGAUUUUGCACCUAGAUUCAAUCGUGACCAUGAUCCGAAUAUGCAAUCCAGCUAUGCUCAUUCUGAUUCAGUGGGACCAGGGAGAGGCAUGGACCCUGUUGCAGCUGUGCAAUCUAUGCAUACUUGGACUCCUCCUGUCGGUUCCGGGGUGGUUUUUCCUCCAGUACUCUCAACAGGGCCACAGCAUGAUCCUUCAAUAACCAUGCCUUCCAUUCCUGGACAUGCUGCACCCAUAUUUGGAAGGAUGCCAGGACCAAGCUUCCAGCAGACAGUUCCAUCUGCCAGUGCACCCUUUGGCCUAGGUGCAGGAACUGCACUUCAUCCCACGACAGCCUUUCCGGGUGAUGCAUACAAUCUUUCUAGUGGUCUUGAACGCCCUAAAAAGGCUUCAGUGCCUAAUUGGCUAAGAGAAGAAAUAAUUAAGAAGAAAGCUGUCAUUACAAGUUCUUCUCAGGAGCAUCCUAGAGAGGAAACUCAAUUCAUUGAGGAGGAAGGUGUUGAUAAAUCUUUUGGGAAAGGUGAUCAGGCAGAUAGCAAAAGUAUUGAUUCUUCUAGGUCAACUGAAGAAGAGGAUGAUGAUGAGGAUUAUGUGGAAGCUGCUAGAACUGCAGCUAUUAACCAGGAAAUAAAACGAAUAGUAACUGAAGUUCUUUUAAAGGUUACUGAUGAGCUGUUUGAUGAAAUUGCAACAAAAGUUCUUAGUGAAGAUGAUAUGACAGUAGAAGUUGACAACAGGACUGUCACUUCAAAUCAUAAGGUAUCACAGAUUUCUCCGUCAGUUCUAACUCCUAAGGCUUCUGCUAAGGUUCUAAUUCCAGUUAAAGACAAGGAAACUGAGACCGAAGCUGGUAGUGGAAAAUCCAGUUCCAGCUCUCCUGGGGAUGUAUUAGGUCUUGGAAGCUAUGCUUCUGAUGAUGAUGAUGAAGAUGAUGAAGUCCAGAACUUCAGUGCACUCGAUUCUCGGGAAAAUAGUGUUUAUCCACAGUCAAGCAUGAAAAAAUUUUCAGACAAUGUACCUGAUGCAGUUGAGAAUGACAGUUCACAAGUAGAAAUUGAAGACCAUGGUAAAGGUCAAAUAAACAUAGAGGCUGGUCCUAACAGAACAAGUUUAAUCGGGGCCAAAAAUAAUGGCAGUACUGUGGCUGGUGGGCUAAGUGAUGUUGGGGCAGGUACAGAGUCACAGAAUAGUAGUAUUGGCCUUAGAACUGGGGCAGUCUCCGGAGGUAGGGAAGAUGAGGUUAACGUUGACGCUGGAAAAGGCAGUUAUGUUUCUGGGUCAAAUGAAUGUGUAGGAGAAAAGGCCAUGAAACCUGAAUUGCGUAGCCAGACUGCUAAUGCGAUAAUAACAGAUGGUUCUCAAGGUAAGGAAACCAAAAUUGAAUCAGAUAAAAAUAAUAGACAUGAAACUAAAAGGAGUUCUUCUGAGAAAAAUUUUGUUAAGGAAGAGGAGAGUGUUAAGCUUAGAGCAGAUGUGAAGAGGGAUGAAAACCAUCGGAGACAUGAUGAAAGAAAUUUAAGAAAGGAAAAGACAGAUGAUCAGAAUGGCUCAAAAGAUAGAACAAAACGACAAGGUAGUAAGUCCGGGGAAAAGGCAAAGGAAUCUGAUUCCAGGAAAAGGUCUGCCCAUCUUGAUGUGAAGGAGGAUAGAAAAGAAACAGAAAAGUUCAAAAGAGCUAAUGUGAAAGCAGAGAGUAUCCAAAAAAGAGAACGAUCAAAUGAUGAGAAGGAAGAUAGGUCAAGACAUAAACUUGCAAGUGAAUCAGGCAUGCAUAAGAGAAGACGUUCCUCUUCAAUUAGCAGUAGGGGUAGAAGUAGCAAGGACAAUUCAGUGGUUAGUCAUACCAAUGCUUCAAGUGAUGAGGCAUCAGAGGAUUCUAAGAGGAAGCUGCACUCAAGAAAACGUAACUUAUCACCAUCACCAACCAGGUCUAGAAUAAGACAAGUUUCGAGGUCUCCACAUAGCAAGCAUUCUCAGCGCAGGCAUUCUCCCUACUCUUCUUUUGAGACCACCAGGUAUGUUGCCCUGCAGUCUGUAAGAUUAAGAUUGUGGGAAGGAGGUCAAGGUCCAAAUCUCCAGUCCGUCGGCAAAGAUGACAGAGGAUCUCUUGGGACGACACAAAGCAUUACAAUUUCUUGUCCAAAGCAUUUUGAAGAUCUGAUGUGUCCUGGGAGGGUUUCGGAGGUUAAUGUUCAAGUUGGUUGGAGUUUGUAUUUUGCCGUUGGGUUUGUUGUUUUUCGAGGCAGCAGAAAGUUCCCUUUGUUAUAUGGUGUAUCAUAUGCAAUGGCCAAGGAAAGACGGGCAGAUAUAGAAAACAUCCAUGAGGGAAAUUUCAUGACAUGCAGUGCCCCAUUCUUGCGUCCAGAUGGUCUUCCAGUUUUCUACUGGCCUUCUCUUUUGAUCUAUCACCUGGUCUUUAUUCAAUGUCGUGUUCAGGACAUUGAAUCGAUGGGGGACUGGAUUCCUAAAUUGAGCGGGUGUAAGCUCUAUUUAGAAACUACAUUGUCAGCGAAAUUUGCUUUUCGUUCCAAUUUGAUGUUCUCUGAGAUGGCAGAUAUGCCGGCCUUUCAGGUGGCGUUGUGGUCAAUUUGGGUAUCCGGGUUUCUGUUGAUCGCUCUUUCCCUCUAUGCCAUGCAGAGUUUACCUUCCCUAGAGGACCAUAUCAAGAUGCCCAAACAAUUGCACCAAGGUUUUACCAAUUUGACAUCUCCCAAAAUUACUAUUUUCUCCGCCCCCGAUCCUCUUAAUGCUCCUCCUGGGCCAAGGCAGGUUCUGGCAGUUCGAUCAUGGCUUGCUUUAUCUCCAUACAUCACUGUUGUUCUAUUCAGUCGAGACCCUUCUGUCGUUGUUUUUGCACGUGCCUUCGGUUCGCGGGUUUCGGUGGAGCCUAAUAUCGAUUUCACGUUCCUGGGUACCCCAUUCUUUCAUUCCAUGGUUGCAAGAUCAUGGGCAUCCACAUCAGACAUUUCUGUUCUGACCGAUUUUGAGACCAUUCUUCUGCCAGACUUCAUUUCCACUCUGAGUUAUGCUCACAAACUUGACUAUGAUUGGCUCCUUUUUGCUCAUUUACGAAGUGUUUUCUACUUCCCAUUUCGAUUGGAUGAAGCUGGGAAGCAUUGGUUAAGGAAGGAUGGUAAACGGAUUAGAACCCAGAAGAUGCAGGAAUUUCUUGCUCAGAGUUGGCAGUGGAAUUGUCAUGAAGGGAGGAUGCUUAUGGCAUGGAACAACAGAGGGCUGCCAUUACAUACUGGAGUCCUCCCUCCUUUCUUGUAUGGAAAGGGACUCCACAACCAUUGGGUCAUUAAUGAGGCCUUGUCAUCUGAACUUAGGUUCAUAUUUGAUGCCAGCUGGACCAUCACAGGUUUUUAUCUGAAAGAUCUGGACCAGUGGUCUGAUCGGUUAGUUGAAGGUUAUAAUUUUUCAAAUAUCAAAAAUAGAAGUUGGGAGAAUGUGGGGAAUUCCCAUCUUGGAGCACUUUAUGGAUCACUAUAUUUUCUUGGAGUUAAUUAUUCUAACUUGGUAAAACAUUUCAAAUGUGAUGGCCAAAAUCUUUUUGUCAACACAGCAGAAAGCAUUUCUUAUUCUUUUGAACACCAGAGUUCACUGAGGUUAUGGAAGAGAAGGAUUUUGCAUCCCAGAAGAGAGAAGAAAACUAUGGAAUGUAUUCAUGCUAUUACCUCUCUAGAGAGAAAUAUGGAUUGCUCUAUGAAGCAUCAGUUGGAUUUCUCUUCACCAUUGUACCUUCCAUUUUCCUUGGAAUCUCUCCUUUCAGUAAUUGCUGACAAGAAUAAGACAAUUGUCCUUGCAGUUGCUGGAUAUAGUUACAAGGACAUGCUAAUGAGUUGGGUUUGCAGAUUACGCAGCCUCCUGAUUACAAAUUUUGUGGUGUGUGCUCUUGAUCAUGAUGUCUAUCAGUUCUCCAUAUUGCAGGGCCUGCCCGUUUUCGAGGAUCCUUUAGCUCCAAGUGACAUCAGCUUUGAUGACUGUCACUUUGGAACAAAAUGCUUUCAGAGGGUGACCAAAUCCAAGUCCAGAUUGGUUUUGCAGAUACUGAAGCUGGGUUACAAUGUACUUAUGAGUGAUGUUGAUGUCUAUUGGUUUAAAAAUCCAUUGCCAUUGCUUUACUCCUUUGGUCCUGCUAUUCUGGUAGCACAAUCUGAUGAAUACAAAGAAACAGGACCCAUUAACUUACCUCGACGCUUGAACUCUGGCUUCUACUUUGCUCGUUCUGAUGAUACAACAAUUGCUGGAAUGGAGAAGGUAGUGAAGCAUGCUGCAAGCUCUAAUCUAUCCGAGCAGCCAAGCUUCUAUGACUCAUUAUGUGGGGAGGGGGGAUCCUAUCGCUUGGGUGAUAACAGGUGCUUGGAACCUGAAACAAAUCUGACUGUUCAUUUCUUGGAUAGAAACCUCUUCCCUAAUGGCGCAUAUCAAAACCUGUGGGAGAAAAAGAAAUGGAAAUCUGUCUGUUUGAAGAAGGAUUGCUUCAUUCUCCAUAACAAUUGGAUCAGUGGGAGGAGGAAGAAAUUGCAGCGUCAGGUGUUGUCAGGAUUAUGGGGUUAUGACAUUAGCUCAAGGAUGUGUCUGCAGAGCUGGCAGAAAACGAAAUCGACAAUGCUGGCUAUGCUGAAGAGAUGCAUUCCUUUGUUAGGGUUUGUGCGGUACCCCGACAGAGAAUCCAGAAGAAAGAACGUGGGAGGAACUUCCACGUCAUUGAACUUGAGCUUACAAUCAAAUGAUUUCACUAUAAGAAUAGUUCAUGCUGGUGGUAGAGAAGAGGUCUAUCAAAAUGCAGUUCUUGCGUCUCAAUUGAUGGAAAAGUAUCCAGGGCUGUGUGUUGCUCGGCCAGAAGUCUUUAAGAACCCCCACAAGUCACUUUUAUGGCCAGAAGAGAAGCUGUUGCCUGGUCAGAAGUAUUAUCUAAUCCCAUGUACUACUGCACAGAAACUGAUGCGUAGACACCCGGAGAAGGUAAACAAAAAACAGCCUUCUGAAGGAAGCAAAGAUGUGUCAUAUGGGAAUAUUAUUGUUGACAUAGACGGUGAUAAUUUGAGUGAGUCUUUUUGUUCUGCAAAAGACUUCUAUACCUCCAAGGAAAGGUGGUCUAAUUGUUUGCUGAGAAGAUCUGGAGUGAAAAUGCCUUCUUUAUCACCUAUUCUAAAGGAAAAAAUGCACAGGGGAUUGGGGUGGGAGCCCAGCCUGACUUCUAUACAGGAACUGUCUCCAUAGGUCUCUUUUUCACCAGAUGUUUCUUGCUACUAUAUGCUCGGGUAUGUAAAUCCUGCAAAGCAGUUGAACUGCUAGUGUUUGUAUGUUUGUCGUAUAGUAGUAAUCCGCAAGAUGGACACGUUCAUAAAUAUUGAUGUGUACUAUUUUAUGCUACAUUCUGCUUAGGACCUCAUUUUUUGGAUUUUGAAGGAACCUUCCCAACGAUCAUAGGAGCUGUUUAAACCUUUUCUUUCUUUCUUUUUUAGUGCUUGAUUUUUUAUUUUUUUAUUUUUUUAAACUAUCAGAUGCCUCCAUUAUCUACUAGACGUGAGUGUCUUACUUUC